AUGAGUUUAAAAUAUAUUAAGAGUGAAAGAGGCACCAACAUUUUGGCGGAUGGUGGAUACAUGUACCAGCGUGAAUGCAAUAAGCCAGAAAAAAUCAUUUGGCGAUGUGUGCAAUACAAACAAAAAUGUAGAGGAAGAGUUCAUGUAUCUAAUGGUGAAAUAAUAAAAUACACGGACCAUAAUCACAUUCCGGAUAUUUCUAAAAUUGAAGCCAAAAUACAGGUCAAUGAAAUGAAAGAAAAAGCCAGAAGUACAUGUGAAUCGACACACUCAGUUCUUGGAACAAUAGCACAGGUAGAAAUGUCAGUAGCUGGUCAACUACCUAGUAUCGCCUCAUUAAAACGAACUAUACAACGUGUUCGUCAAACUGAGCUAUCAGCUCCGUCAAAUCCAGUCGACUUUAAUUUUGAUAUUCCGGAAAAAUUUCAUUUAACAACUGAUGGGGAACUUUUUCUUCAGUAUGAUAGUGGGUCCAAUGAUUCUAAACGUAUUUUAAUAUUUGCAACAAACCGAAAUUUUGAACUAAUGGAAAAUAGUGAACACUGGUUUUGUGAUGGAACAUUUUCUAGUGCUACAUCAAUAUUUUCCCAAUUAUAUAUACCAUUCAUGGAAUACAUUAUUCAAACGUGA